UGUAUCAAUGUUCAUGUAAUCCUGCCAGGAGUAAAAUAAUAAACUCACUUCACAUCAGUAUUAAAGAACAUUACAAUCAACAACUAUUGGCUGACAAUCCAGCAUGUGUACAUUGCUUGGUGACUGAGCGUAUUUUAGACAGCCUUGAAUGUUUUAAUGGCAGUCUUCCAUUUCCUAUUGAUCCAGAAGAAAGUGACCCUUCAUCAAUGGACCAUGACUAUCUUGAACAUUACCAGUCUUACAACGUUUUCCAUUUGCCGUCAGUUGAAGUAGUUUGCGUAUAUGCUGAGCGUGAUUACGGGUUUGUUGGCAUAGAUCAUAAGGGUUUCAAGUGCUCCACAUGCAAUUAUGAUACACAUGCUUGUAGUCACAUCAAAUUUCUGGAAGAAAAACUCAGUCAGGAUGAUGUUGAUUUGCCUGACAUUGUGUAUGAAAUGUAUCACCAAGCAAAAAAGCAGCGGAAAGUUAAUUGGAAACCUUAUUGCCUAUCCGAUAAAUCCAUACAGUUCCAGCCACCAGUACACCUUCAACAGAUAUUUGGUAGUUCGUUUUACCAAUCCCUACCACAGGAAAAUGGAACAUUGCAUGUUGUCCCACGUAGUAGCGGAGUAUGUGAAAGUUGCGGUUCCACUGGAGUUUGCAAAACCCUGUCGAAGAAAAUUGGAUAG